GUCCAUGUCUAAAUCGGUACCCAUACCACCUGCUUCAAGCGACGACGGCGGGAGAGUAGUUGCUCUAGUGAUAGGCGCUGGCGGAAGGGAGCAUGCACUCUGCUUCGCCUUGCAACGAUCCCCAUCGUGCAAGGCUGUCUUCUGUGCGCCUGGAAAUGCUGGCAUUUCCAGUUCUGGAAGUGCCUUUUGCCUUCCGGAGCUGGACAUUUCUGAUAGUUCAGCUGUCAUAUCUGUCUGCCGCGAUCUGGGAAUCGACCUUGUGGUAGUUGGGCCCGAGGCUCCUCUUGUUUCUGGAAUUGUGGAUGAUCUUUCUCAAGCAGGAAUUCUUACCUUUGGCCCCUCAUCCAAAGCCGCUGCUUUAGAGGGCUCUAAAAGCUUCUUCAAGAGCAUCUGCGACAAGUACAACAUCCCCACAGCCAAGUAUAAAGUUUUCACCGAUCCAUUUGCUGCAAACCAAUACGUCAAGGAGGAAGGGGUGCCAAUUGUUCUAAAAGCCGAUGGAUUGGCUGCUGGGAAGGCGGUUGUUAUUGCCAUGACUUUGGAGGAGGCACGUGACGCUAUUGACUCAAUCCUCGUGAAGGGUGCUUUUGGCUCUGCAGGUAGAAAGCUCAUUGUUGAGGAGUUCCUCGAUGGAGAAGAAAUCACUUUUCAUGCCCUGGUAGAUGGAGAGACUGCCCUGGCAUUGGAAUCUACUUCCGAUCAUUCACGAGUUGGGGAAGGCGAUACUGGUCCAAAUACUGGUGGAAUGGGUGCAUAUUCUCCGGUGCCAAUCAUAACACCUGAAUUAGGGUCUUUAGUGAUGGAAUCCAUCAUUUCCCCAAUUGUCAAAGGUAUGGCAGCUGAGGGUCGAAAGUUUGUGGGAAUUCUCAAUGCUGGGCUUAUGAUAGAGAACAAGUCCGGGUUGCCUAAAUUGUUUGAGUGCAAUGCACGCUUUGGAGAUCCCGAGUGCCAGAUGUUGAUGGUUCGCUUGGAGUCGGAUUUGGUACAAGCGUUGCUGGCAGCAUGUAGGGGAGAGUUGAGCAGAGUGACACUUGAUUGGUCGCCCGAAGCUGCCAUGGUGGUGGUAAUGGCGAGCAAGGGCUAUCCAGGCGUCUAUGAAACGGGGAGUGUGAUUCAUAAUCUUACGGCAGCAGAGCUUGUGGCUCCAUCUGUGAAGAUAUUUCACGCCAACACAGCUUUUGACUCGGACGGCAAUUUCAUUGCGGCUGGAGGUCGCGUUCUUUGUGUCACUGCCAAGGGGAGGAAUUUAGAAGAAGCUCGUGACAGAGCUUACCAAGCAGUGGAAGCCAUCAACUGGCCAGGAGGAUUAUCGACGGGAUAUUGGGUCGAGAGUACUAUUCCCAAAGAAGCAAUCUGAAAAGCAAGGUUGAGCUUAUGUCGUGAAUAGAUUUUCCGGGAGAUGAGAGACACGACAUGUUUACCCACUUAUCAAACCCCUUUGGAUUCUAUCUCAUAACUAGAACAGUGUUUUUUUGGAAUGUUUAGGGAUGUUAAAUAGUUCUACACUCUUGAAUGUGCAGAGACCUAUC